AUUUAUUCUUGUCUACAAAGGCCAUUCGCUUCUUCUGAUUUGCAGAUGAGCCUAAGGUUUAUGAAGAAAGAUAUACAAAUGAAAACAUAGAGAGAGAGAGAUAACAUUAGUUAAUUAAAUAUUAAGUUUCUUAAUCAGCAAAGUCUCAUUCAUCUUCUAUUACAAUUAUCCAUCUUCUGUUUUGUUGUUCUUACAAGAAAUGUUAUAUUGUAGUUGCAGGUAAAGUUUGAACUCCGAGUUAUAGUUCCGCAACAUGGAGUUGACUUUGUGCUUCUUCUUGGUUAAAAGCUUGGAUCCAAUCUGAAGCAAGAACUAGAUUUUCUUGCGAAUUUGAUUAUUUCUCUUUCCGACAAGAUGUUCGAAGGUCGACCACGAGAUUCUUGUCUGGUUUCAACUCUCUUCACCAUGCCAACUCAUCAAGAAACCAAAUGGAGCUUCUCGAUUUCUACCAAACGCCCCUUUCUCAACGACGACGAGAGCCACGAGACCGAUCGUCGCCACCGCAAGAAGAUUCACAAGUUCUUGAAUCUCGACGGAGGAGGAGAUGGAGAGAACGGUUCUUCAGAUUCGGGUUCGUUAAUCCCGGGGAUGAACAAAGACGACUCAAUCAGCUGUUUGCUUCGCUGCUCUCGAGCCGAUUACUGCUCCAUUGCUUCGGUGAGCCGGAGCCUACGCGCUCUGAUCCGAAGCGGCGAGAUUUAUAGGCUCCGGAGGCUGCAAGGGACGCUCGAGCACUGGGUUUACUUCUCGUGCCAUCUCAACGAAUGGGAAGCGUUUGAUCCGAGGUCGAAACGGUGGAUGCGUUUGCCGAGUAUGCCGCAGAACGAGUGUUUCAGGUACGCGGACAAGGAGUCUCUCGCUGUCGGAACUGAUUUGCUUGUGUUCGGUUGGGAAGUGAGCUCUUACGUAAUCUAUCGAUACAGUCUUUUGACUAACUCUUGGUCUACCGGGAAGAGUAUGAACAUGCCUAGAUGCUUGUUUGGCUCCGCUAGCUGCGGCGAGAUCGCGGUUUUAGCCGGCGGUUGCGAUUCGAACGGUAGGAUUCUUGACACCGCGGAGAUGUAUAACUCCGAGGACCAGACUUGGUCGGUGUUGCCGGCGAUGAACAAGCGGAGGAAGAUGUGUUCGGGUGUGUUUAUGGAUGGGAAGUUUUAUGUGAUUGGUGGGAUUGGUGUUGGGGAAGGGAACGAGCCUAAGGUUCUGACUUGUGGUGAAGAGUUCGAUAUGAAGACGAGGGCGUGGAGAGAGAUUCCUGAUAUGUCGCCGCCGAGGUCGAACCAAGGGAAUGGGAUGUCUGCGGCUGCGAUGGCUCCGCCGCUUGUAGCGGUUGUGAAUGAUCAGCUUUACGCGGCUGAUCAUGCCGGUAUGGCGGUUAGGAGAUAUGAUAAGGAGAGUCGGGUUUGGGUUCAAGUUGGGAGUUUGCCUGACCAAGCGGGUUCGAUGAACGGUUGGGGCUUAGCGUUUAGAGCUUGUGGGGAUCAGGUUAUAGUGAUCGGUGGACCGAAGGCUCCUGGUGAAGGGUUCAUUGAGCUGAACUCAUGGGUUCCAAGUCAUGGUGCACCGCAGUGGCAUUUACUUGGCCAGAAACAGUCUGUUAAUUUCGUUUACAAUUGCGCCGUGAUGAGCUGUUGAAGAAGUGAAAAAAGAAUGUUGGUUUAGCAGUUGUUGAGAGGCCUAUUAGUUAUGAUUAAAAUAUGAAAUUUGAGGAGAUUGUUGUUCUGUUUCUUAUUGUUAAUGUGUAGUUUCAUGUUUCUUGCUGAGUUCUAUUGAUCUUACACUUCAAUGUAUGGUUCAUCUUUUCAUUUGUUACGGUUUUAGCUCUUA